AUUUUUACAUCUCCCACAUUAUCAUUAUCCCCCCGGUAUACGUCCCGGCUUCCGUUAGUCCCUUUGUCCUCCGAUCCCUCUUGACCUUACAACGAAACACUGCUGGCCUUCCGGCAGACACCGCUUUUCCUGGUACAGUGUGCUGCAUCUGGUUGCUCGCGUGAUCCAAGGGUGGGAAAGCUAAUCAGUGCCCGAUCCAGUUCCAUUAUCUCUAGAACUUUAUCCUCCCUUAUAUAGUUGGCCUGCAAGUCCCUUCGUAACGCCUCGUCGCCAACAACUGAAUCUCAUCAUGGAUACCUCCGAGGUUCGACAACGAAAGCACGACCCUCAGCUGAAUCACACAGCCGCCUCGAAGAAGCAGCCUUCCGACAGUCAGGAUGAGGAACCCCGUUUGAAGCAUGGCAUUGCGAUGCAGCUUCUCCGCUCUUUGCUCCUGGCAACAUGGUUCAACUGCUGCUGCGUCGCCAUCCUAGCGACCCAGGUCAUCGGCUCCCCUCUAUACGUGAUAAACAAGGAUUGGUAUUAUUCCUAUAUGGCAUACACAAAGCAGUCCUUUGGCUUGGUCAUCACGGCUCUCACUCAAUGGGGCUGUCCUACCUUUGUGCGAGUCAGCGGUGACAAGAGUGUACGGGGUCAGGUCCACGUCGCAGAGGAUGGGCGCUUAAAGACCCAAUUCCCAGAGCGAACGGUCCUCAUAGCCAAUCACCAGGUGUAUACUGAUUGGAUCUAUCUGUGGUGGGUGGCAUACACGAAUACGAUGCACGGCCGCAUCUUCAUCAUCCUGAAGGAAUCCUUGAAGUACAUUCCUAUUAUCGGCCAGGGUAUGACCUUUUACGGCUUUAUUUUCAUGGCCCGCAAAUGGUUGUCCGACAAGCCUCGUCUGCAACAUCGAUUGGAGAAGCUGAAGACUCAACAUACGGGAUCGCAGUCAGGGUCCCCGCAAUAUGACCCCAUGUGGCUUCUGAUCUUUCCCGAGGGGACAAACCUAUCCAUUAACACCAGGCGGCGGAGUGCAGAGUAUGCCGCAAAACAGGGACUGUCCCCCUUGAAGCAUGAGCUGAUUCCCCGCUCCACUGGUUUAUUUUUCUGUCUACAGCAGCUGCGCGGGACGGUGGAGUGGGUCUAUGACUGCACCGUAGCCUACGAAGGACCUCCAAAGGGUAGUCUACCUGACAAGUACUUUACCCUUCGGUCGACGUAUCUGCAGGGGCGACCGCCCACUUCGGUCAAUAUGCAUUGGAGACGUUUUGCUGUGUCCGAGAUCCCUCUGGAUGAUCAGCAAGAAUUUGACUCGUGGCUCCGCGAGCGUUGGAUUGAGAAGGACCAGUUGCUUGAGGAGUACUACGAAACAGGGAGGUUCCCGUCCGAGCUGGCUGGGUCUAUCGAGGUUGGGCAUGGAUUCGAGGACCGGAAGACUGCCGCGGCUGCAGGGUAUGCUGAGGCACAUGUGCGGUUGGGACACUGGGCCGAGUCGCAAUCCUUCCCAUUGCCCCAUCUACAACACAACACAUUGCUCAAAGCAGUGCCCGCACACGCCAUGGCGUCCCUUCAGAAUGGCCACGCCAAUGGCACAAAUGGCGAUUCUCUUUCAGCGGCCAACCCGUUGCCCAAUCUCCGUUUUUUUGACAUUCCCUCCGCCAUCGACAUUCCCGCGUCCACCCUCGACAGUGAAGUCGAGGUCAGCCUAGAGAUCCUUCCAGAUGACCCAACCGAACUCUGCACAUUGUUGGAGAACGAAAAGGCCGCUAAGAACUUCUGGGUCACGAUCGCGCUGGCAUACGCCAAGCAGAAGCAACUUGAUCAUGCCAUCGACAUCUUAAACAAAGGUCUCGCGUCGGUCGCUCAUGGAGCUACGAAAGAGAAGCUCGGCCUGCUGGGAUGGGUUUGCUGGCUGUUGAUGCUGAAGAGUCGGAAUGCCCCCCGCGUUGCCCCCGAGGGAGAAUUGUACACCGAGGCAAAGACGAAGGAUCAUUAUCUCCAACUUGCGACGUCAACUCUGAACGAGGCUUCACGACUGAAUCCGGCAUUCCCCCCUCUGUUCCUGGCGCGAGGUGUCCUGUCGCUGCUGCGCGCGUCGCUACACCCACCCCGUCCUGUUCGUCCGGGCACCGUUGACACAUCCGAGAGGGUAGAAUCGCUGCGGCAGGCGCUCAAGUGCUUCGAUGAGUCGUCCAAGGCUUUUGGUGGUCGAAAUGUCAUGGCCAUCCUUGGGCGCGCGAGAACGCAAUACUUGCUUGGCCGAUACGCUGAGGCCCUAGAAGGCUACCAGAAGGUGCUGAUGAAGAUGCCCAGUUUGACGGAUCCCGACCCGCGAAUUGGUAUUGGCAGUUGCUUGUGGCAGUUGGGCUUCAAAGAGCAGGCCAAGGUUGCUUGGGAGCGAGCUCUGGCGUUGAACCCUGACUCCAAGGUCGCCAACAUUCUCCUCGCAGUAUACUAUCUCUACGACAACCCGGCCUUCGGUUCAUUGUACAAGGUAGCAAUGACCCAGUACACGCAGAAGGCGUUCAAAUUGGACAAGGAAUACCCCAUGACUUGUUCUCUGUUUGGCGGGUACUUCCUCCUCCGGAAGGCUUACUCCACCGUCGAGACCCUGGCCCGUAAGGCCAUCGAACACACCGAUGUCAUGCAGAUUGCCAGCGACGGCUGGUAUCUCCUUGGCGACCUGACGCGCGCUGCGGAGUAUUACAACCGCUCCGACCAGGCUCGUGGCGGUGGUGAGAAGGGAUACCUCCCGGCCAAGUUCGGCACGGUACAGAUGCAAGUGUCUAACAAGGACUUUGACGGAGCCAAGUUCCGCCUCGAAAAGAUCAUUCAGCAGACGAAGAAUGCCGAAUGCAUGGAGGUCUUCGCUGCGCAGAGAAGCGGCAGCAAGGAAGACAAGUCGGCUGAGAUCAAGAAGGCCAUCAACCUUCUGGAAUCGGUUCGCGCCCUCUGCAAGGACGAGACCAAGAAGAUCUCGCCCGACGAGUCCGUCUUGCAGAGCGCUCCCGAGAAGAGCAUGCAGUGUCUCACCCAGCUGGAGGAGAUGCAGCUCGCAGAGGUCGCAGAGGAGGAGCGCCCCGAAGGCGUCGAAGAUGAAGAGCAGGUCAAGGCAGCUCUCCGCGUCCACCUUCCCCCGCAACUCCUCAACAACAUGGGAUGCUUCCUGUAUCAAGCUGAGAAGAUCGAACGGGCCCGGACCAUGUUCCAAGCAGCGCUGGAUGCCUGCGUCCGAUCCAAGGAGAAGGAAAGCGAGCUCGACACCGACGCGCUCGUCACCACCAUCAGCUUCAACCUGGGCCGGACCUACGAGGCAGCCGACAUGCCGGAAGAAGCCAAGAAGGUGUACCAGGGUCUUCUGGAGCGUCACGCUGACUACACCGAGGCCAAUGCACGCUUGACCCCCACAGACGAGGGACCGAAGAAGAUGGCCAAGCUCUACGAAGCCGACUCGACCAACUUGGAAGUGCGCGCCCUGUUCGGCUGGUACCUCAGCAAGUCCAAGAAGCGGGCAGCCAACCUGGCCGAGGACCACGAACAGCGCCACUACAAACACACCCUGCAAUACUACGACAAGCACGACCGGUACUCCCUGACGGGCAUGGCGCGCGACAUGCGCCGCGACAGCGACCAGGACAAAGAAAAGCGGCGCAAGAUGUACGAGCGGGCCGUCGAAUUCUUCGACAAGGCCCUCCAACUGGACCCUCGCAACGCAUACGCCGCCCAAGGUAUCGCCAUCGCCCUUGUCGAUGACAAAAAGGACCACGCUUCCGCCGUGCACAUCUUCUCCAAGAUCCGUGACACAUUACGCGACGCCAGCGUCUACCUCAACCUCGGCCACGUCUACGCCGAGCUCCGCCAAUACACCCGCUCGAUCGAGCACUACGAAGCCGCACUGUCCAAAGACCGCGCCCGCGACGCACAAAUCCUCGCCUGCCUCGGCCGCGUCUGGCUCGCCAAGGGCAAGCAAGAGAUGAACCUGCAGGCCAUGAAAACCGCCCUCGACUACGCGCAGCGCGCCCACUCCGUCGCUCCGGGCCAAGUCCACCUCGAAUUCAACGUCGCCUUCGUCCAGAACCAAAUCGCCUCCCUUACCUAUGGCCUCCCGGAAACGCAAAAGACGGUCCAAGACGUCCAAGACGCUGCCGAAGGCCUCCAACAAGCCGUGGAGACCUUCAACCGUGUAGCUCAAGCCAAGAACCCACCAUACCCAUCCAGCGCCUUAGAACAGCGCGCCAACAUGGGCCGCACCAUCCUGAAGCAACUCGAGCGCGCGCUCCAAAGCCAAAAAGAAUACGAAGAGAAGAACGCCGCCAAGCUCCAACAAGCGCGCGAGGCGCGUGAAGCCGAAAAGCGCCAGCGCGAAGAAGAAGUGCGCAAGGCGCAGGAAGCAGAGCGUGAGCGCAAACAGCGUGUAGCGGAGGAGCGGCAGCGCAUGAUCGAGGAAGCGCAGCGAUUGGCGGAGCAGCGCGCGGAAGAAGAACGUGCGCGUGAGGAAGCGGAGCUUACCACUGAGUCGGAGACGGGUGCUAAGGUUAAGCGCAAGAAGAGGACGACGUCUACUAAGCGCAAGAAGAAGCGCAAUGAGGACGACUUCAUCAACGAUGGAGGCGAUUCUCCUUCCAGGGAGAGGAGCUCGGAACCGGACUCCGAUGGCGAAGCGGCGGCGGCACCGAAGAAGCGCCGGCGUCUGGAACGUCGGUCUGGUAGUAAGGCGCAGCAGAGCAAGUACAAGAGUAGUGAGAUGGAGGAAGCGGGUGAUGAGGAUCAGGCGAUGCGUGAUACUGGGGCGAAUGAUGACGAGGAUGAAGAAGAGCAGGAUGUGGUGCAGCGUCGUCGGGCCAAGGUCAGUCGACGAGUGGCUGAUGAUGAUGAGGAUGAGGAUGAGGAUGAGGAUAAUGGGGCGGCGGUGGCUGGAGGAGGGGGCGAAGGGGCCACAACUGGGGGCGAUGGGGGCGAAGACGAUGAUGAUGGAUUGUUCAAUGACGAUGGUGGUGAUGAUGAUAUGGAUCUGAAGGAGGAUGAGUGA